AUGCACUCAGACCCGCCCGACUCAGACUGUCCCCGAGUCUCCAGAAUGGGGCGAUGGCGCCGCGCACCCUCCUCCCGCUGCUCACCGCCGCCCUGGCCCUGACCCAGACCCGCGGGGGCUCGCACUCGCUGCGGUAUUUCUACACCGCCGUGUCCCGGCCCGGCCUCGGGGAGCCCCGGUUCAUCGCCGUCGGCUACGUGGACGACACGCAGUUCGUGCGCUUCGACAGCGACGCGGAGAAUCCGAGGAUGGAGCCGCGGGCGCCGUGGAUGGAGCAGGAGGGGCCGGAGUACUGGGAGCGGGACACGCGGAACCACAAGGCACAGGCACAGACUUAGUGUGAGAACCUGCGGACCCUGCGCGGCUACUACAACCAGAGCGAGGACGGUUCUCACACCCUCCAGAGGAUGUCUGGCUGUGAUGUGGAUUCCCACGGACGCCUCCUCCGCGGGUACUGGCAGUCCGCCUACGACGGCAAAGAUUACAUCGCCCUGAACGAGGACCUGCGCUCCUGGACCGCGGCGGACAUGGCGGCUCAGAUCACCAAGCGAAAGUGGGAGCACGCUGGGGACGCAGAGAACUGGAGGGCCUACCUGGAGGGGACGUGUGUGCAGUGGCUCCUCAGACACCUGGAGAACGGGAAGGAAACUCUGCAGCACGCAGAUCCCCCAAAGACACAUAUGACCCAUCACCCCAGACCUGAAGGGGACGUCACCCUGAGGUGCUGGGCCCUGGGUUUCUACCCUGCUGACAUCACCCUGACCUGGCAGAGGGAUGGGGAGGACCUGACCCAGGACAUGGAGCUUGUGGAGACCAGGCCUGCAGAGAAUGGAAACUUCCAGAAGUGGGCAGCUGUGGUGGCCUUCCUUCUCCUUGGAGCUGUGAUCAUAGGAACUGUGGUGGCUGUUGUGAGGAGGAUGAGGAGGAAUACAGGUGGAAAAGGAGGGAGCUAUGCUCAGGCUCCAGGAGGUGACACUUCCCAGAGCUCUGACCUGUCUCUGGAUGCUUGUAAAGCUUGAGACAGCUGCCCUGUGGGACUGAGGAACAGGAGGUGUGUUCAAGUCUCUCCCUCUGACUUCAAGAACCCUGGAUUCUCUUUGGUGGCAGUGUCUGAAGAUGUCUGCUUUCUCCUGUGUGCAUUGUGAAGACCUGGGGAGACUAGUCCAGCCCUGCCCAGCAGGACCCCUGUCCCUGCUCUGUCCUGUGUUCCCUUCCACAGCCAGACUUCCUGUUCCAGCACAGGGGGGCGGGGACGUCUCCAUCCUGUCAGCUCCAUGCUGCCCUGAGCUGCCUCGUCUCAUUUCCCACUGAAAGUAAGAAUCUGAACAUUAACCUAAUUGUUCAAAGCAAUGGUCUGUAAGAAUGAAGAAAUAAAUGACAGUCUUGAGAACCUUCUGGAA